ACACCGAAAACAUUCCAGUGCUGGUUUUGUCGCAAAUCAGUAGUCAGAAGCGGUCAUAUUAAAUCUAAAUUGCAGUGGCGGAAUGCAAAUUUAAUAAUGAGGAAAUUGCAAGGGAAAUGAGUAAUGCGAUUGAACGGAAUUCGAGUAACCUGCGGAUUCUGUGCCAAAAAAAGUGGAUAAGUAUUCCUGCAUACUAGUGUGCUACCUUUGCACAAAGCAAGUCCUUAAGAAGAUGUGUAACAGCUAGUAGAUAAUGAACUGCGCUGAUGCAUUUGGGUGCGAUCGUCCCGUCAAGUGCUUCUCUGCUUUGAAGUUGGCCGUGGGGGACUGAUUUUUCCCUGCAAGGAAAAAAAAGCAGGAGAAGGCCAAAGGCUACGAAAACUGGAGUGUUUCCAACUUCCAAUUCCCUCAGGACGUUUUUUUUCCCACCUCGGCUUCAAGAAGGAACCACAUGUGAAGACCGAUGGGGCAAGAGCUCAGCAUUGCUUACCAGAGAAUCGGUUCAGAUGCAUCACCGCAAAGACUCCACAUCCCAGUAGGAGCGAGACGGAGGUAAAGAACCAGUGAGAAAGUGAGCGGGAAUCUGAGUAAUUUUCAUCCACUCCCCCCUUCCCACAUUGGGACCUUCUUCAGUUGCCCUCUGCUACUCCCCGUGGGGCAGGAAGCGUGAAAAAUCUCACUAAUGGGUUUAUUUGCUGUCAGCUCAGCGACGACCUGUCAUUUCCCAGGACCACUCCACACUUGACACAUUUCAUAGUCGAGUAAGCUUUGCUUUGUUUUUGCCUAAAGAGCCUUUGCUUCACACUGUUAGCUGUUGAGAAGAUCAAGACCAGGCUGAGGUAUCAGGUGGAGCGGACUAGCCCCUUAAUCACUUUGCCUGCCUAUUACAGUAUUUUUCUUCCAGUGAGGUCAAGCGUGUGGGACGUCUCGCUGUUCUUCUGUCUUUCUCCAAGUCGAGAAAAUCUUCUGCUUUCUGAACCUACUACGGUCUCCUGGCUGGUGGGCUGAAGAUGCGUCUCUGGCUGCUGGCUGUGGUGACGGCAGUGCUCUGGAGCCAGUGCAUCCUUCUAGGGUGGGCUGAGGCUAGGAAGAUGCGUAAGAGGCCGAAGGAGCUCGCGCCGCAGCACACCGAAGCGUUCAACACCACUCUUUCCAACAGCGAGGAGCUGGAUGGCAGCACGAAGCAGGUCAGUGAGAACCAGAGAGUGGACCCUCUUGGAUCGUGGAUGGAUUUUGUGAAGAGACCUGUGGGCAACUUUCCCGGAAAAUGCAGAAAGCGAAAACGACCACUGCCUGGUCCCCCUGGCCCUCCUGGACCCCCAGGCCCUCAGGGACCCCCAGGAUCCCCUGGGGCAGAGGUCACCCAAGAUGUCUUGCUGCGAGAGUUCAAAGAAAUGAUCAAAGAGGCCACUGAGAGGAGAGCAGCAGUGGACAGGCCCAACGAACCCAGUCAGUUGCCCACAGCUCUGAUUACUCUAGAGAGUAUGACCUCCUAUAGGAGAAUCGAGGAAGCCUUCCACUGCAAACUCAAAGGCCCUGUCGUUGUGGACAAAAAGACUCUGGCCGAACUGCAGAACUUUCAGACACCUCCAGCCAAAGGUGCCUUCCUCAGAGGGACGGGGAUGGAUCAGUCCACUGGACGAUUUACAGCUCCUGUAACUGGAAUUUAUCAGUUCUCUGCCAACGUUCAUAUUGACCACACUGAGGUGAAGAAAAGUAAGAACCAGCUGAGAGCCAGAGACAACGUCCGGGUUUUGAUCUGCAUUGAAUCGCUCUGCCACAGAUAUACAUCCUUGGAGAUGAUUGUUGGCCUUGAGAGUAACAGCAAGAUAUUUACAGUAUCUGUCCAUGGACUGCUGGAACUUCAGGCCGGGCAGUACACCUCUAUAUUCGUGGACAAUGCAGCUGGAGCAUCGAUCACAAUACAGAAUGGUUCAGAUUUCAUGGGCAUGCUGUUGGGGGUAUAGCCUUGUUUUACAGCCAGACUAUAUCUGGCAGGCCACGUAAGACUGCAUAGCUCCUCUUUGGACUAUCAUCCAGCACCAUAUAUCCUCAUGAGACAAUAUGUGACUGCUACAAAGCUCUCGGCUUGCUCAUGGACGAGACAUGGACAUAGUAAUUCCCACAAAGCAGAGACAGUUGGAUGCAAAACUGAAAGACUUUACUGAGGACAGUCGUUCUACAUCUGCCUCUCUCAUGUGCCGUCUACAGUGAGGUUUUUACCUCUUCAGAAAGAUCAGUUCUCACUGAUUCCACUCACCACGUCCUAUUUUGUGAUUUAUAGAUGUAUACAAAGAGAUUUUUGUAUUUUGACAUUGUGUUGUUAUGACUUUCCUCCUAAUUAAUAGUGUUUAUACAGAACGUUUAUAUACACAGUUUGUUUUUUAUGGUGAGAGGUUUUCUACAAUACAAGAGCUGAACUAUUUUGGAUUGAUCUUGAAGGAAUAUGUUACCCUAAAAUGAAAAACGUACAAUGUCUCACCCUCAGGUCAUCCAAGAUGGCUUUCUUUCUUGAAAGGGAUUUAGAGAAUUUUAGCAUUUCUGUGCAUCCUCUGCAGUGAAUGGGUGCCGUCAGUACGAGAGUUCAAAAAGCAGAUAAAAACGAAUCGAUCAAUUUUGCUAAUGCUAAAUUUCUCAAAAUCCAGCUCAGUGAAGAUCCAACUCAUUUUGGAUGCCCCGAGGGUGAGAAAAAAUUCUACAUUUUCUCAUUUUUGUGUGAGCUAUUCCUUUAAGGAUUUUGUGAUCUUACCCAAAGCACCUCCUCUUUUGCAUACAUGCCUAUAUUUUUAAAUAUAACAAGCUAGACAAAGUUUUAUUUACUAUGCAGCUCAAAAAAACAUGUUGUAGUGACUUGAUUAUUGAUAAAAGAACAGAUUUUCCAUUAUACUCGGCCAAAAGAAGGAAACAGCCAAAUACAAGAAAAGAAACAAGAUGAAUGACUCAGUCUAUUUUUACGUCCAACAGCUAACAGUCCCAAACAAUAGCGUUUAUCAAGGAGUGUGUGUGAAUGUGUGUUUGGAAAGCUACUGCCAUGAUCGAUUAGACAUGUUAGAGUCCUGCUGAGUUCUCAUUUUGUUUACUGCAAUGCCAAAUACGUCAUCUGAAUGCUCUGUUUUUCACGUCUCCAUGGAAGUUUAUUCUUGCUUUCUUUCAGAUGUGUUUCUUUUCUUCACUUUCCCUCAAAACGUCGUCUUUGUUAUUAACUUCAGUGAAUAGAGAAAUUUAAAUGCACAUAUAUUUUAGCAUAUGUACAAUUUUCCAUACAAAUUAUUUAUGUUUAAAUGUAUCUGCCAAUUAAAACAGAUUUAUUUUUUUAAUUGGCUUCUAGCCUUCCAGUAGAUCUCAAUACAAGUGAAAAUAAUGUAAGCGAACCUGUUUAAAUAUACAGUAUUUGCUUGUAUUGUGGUGUAAUGGAAAUGAAACUAUAUUCAAUAAAUGUAAAAUAUACCUAUUCACCUGGGCAUGUUUGCGGUUGACUCGAAUGGACUUUUAUGAGCUUUGAAAUCUUGCUAACGUUCGUAAUUCUCUGCUCGAUAAAGCAGGCAGGACGUACUCCCGGUGCCGCACGAUGAAGCUCAUGGAAAAAAUUCUUUGGUGCGCUAGUGUGGAAAAUGCUUU